AUGGGUGACUCCUACACGGCCGCCUUCCCCAGCGCCCCGGGGCUGCUCUCGCCCUCGGCCAGCCCCCAGGCAUCGCCCGGUCCCUACGGCCCUGACUACGGCCCCUUCGGCCACCCCUUCCCGGCACCCACCGGCGCCCAGGAGGUGCUGGGUGCCCCCGUGGUGGUGACGGCCAAGGGACACCCACCGGGCGACUGCCUGCCGGGCGUCUACCCCUCGCUGGAGAUGCCGCAUCCCUACGGCUCCUGGUACAAGGGCGGCAUCGGCGGGGGGCUGCCGGGGGGCUCGGGGCCGGCAGCACCCUCCUGGUGGGACGUGCACCCUAACGGGGGCUGGCUGGGGGGACCGGCGGGCGCCGAGGGGCUGCAGGGCUCGCUGCAGGGCCAGCCCACCCUCAGCCCCCCACUUCCCACUUACGGCUCCGAUUUCGGGGCUCUCAACCCCCCCCCCUACACCAGUAACCCCGCCGCACCCCCCACCCCUAAAACCAACCCGGGCGAAACCCCUAAGGGACCACGCGGCGGUUCGUUAGGGGGUCGUCCGGCCUGCGAUUGUCCUAAUUGCCAAGAGUUGGAGCGUUUGGGGGGUCCGGGAGGAUCCCGACGAAAGCCGGUUCAUAGCUGCCACAUUCCGGGAUGCGGGAAGGUGUACGGCAAAGCAUCCCACCUGAAGGCCCACCUGCGCUGGCACACGGGCGAGCGUCCCUUCGUCUGCAACUGGCUUUUCUGCGGCAAACGGUUCACCCGUUCCGACGAGCUGGAACGGCACGUCCGUACCCACACGCGGGAGAAAAAAUUCACGUGUCUCCUUUGCAGCAAGCGUUUUACCCGUAGCGAUCAUCUCAGCAAGCAUCAGAAGACCCACGCUGAAGCCGGACCCCCCAACCCCCCCCCCGGCACCGGUGGGGAGCAGCCCCCCGCUUCUCCUCGGCAGCCUCCGGCUUCUCCUGGUAAAGAUGCCGGUAGUCCCGAGGCUGGCAGUUUGUUGGAGAUUUGA